AUGUCAUCUGCAAACCCUACACUCAGUCUCAUUUUGGGUGACACUAUCAACGCCCUCAAAAAGGCAGAGAGAAACAGUGGUGACCCAGAUGUCGGAAACACACCCGCUAUAUUUCGCGAAGCAGCCAAGCGCAUCCCAUCCCUCCUGGUAUACUUCAAAAAAUGCAAGCAACAUCUUGAUGCAACUAUGACAGCCGAGGACCUCCCUCAAUCAGCCAUUCACACUAUGGAAAUCUGCGAGAGUAACGCUCUUCGGGUGAAUGAGAUCUUCUCAGGUGUGGUCGGAAGUUCAAAUGCAGCUGAACAGUACCGGAGAGUUGCACGAGGAGACCGAUUGGAAGAUCUGAUGAAGGAAAUACUUACGCAUGCGAUUCAAAUCUCGAACAUUAGCCAGCUUGCUGCUAUAAGGGGCGCGGAAGUUGAGGAGCUCGGUAAAGCUCUACGCUCUUUUGUGGCGAUGCCUGCGUCAUUGCCGGAAAACAAGGCGUCGUAUUCUUUCAACAACUCCGGAAAUGGGUAUCAGAAUAUCAACACCAGUACCGGACAACAGUACAACAACACUGGUGCCGGCAAUAUGUUUACUGGCACAAUUCAGGGCUUGCAGAUGUCCAGAUGA